UCACAGGCAAGGGCCGCCAUUUUAACUGAGCAACCCUAGUGACAGGAGCCGAAGGAGCAGCGCAGGUUGUCCCCAUUUCCCCUCCCCCUUCCCUUCUCCGUUUGACUUCCCGGGCCCCUUACAUUCCACAGUCCCGGUCCCGCCAUGUCUCAGAAACAAGAAGAGGAGAACCCUGCGGAGGAGACCGGCGAGGAGAAGCAGGACACGCAGGAGAAAGAAGGUAUUCUCCCUGAGAGAGCUGAGGAGGCAAAGCUAAAGGCCAAAUAUCCAAGCCUAGGACAAAAGCCUGGAGGCUCCGACUUCCUCAUGAAGAGACUCCAGAAAGGGCAAAAGUACUUUGACUCAGGAGACUACAACAUGGCCAAAGCCAAGAUGAAGAAUAAGCAGCUGCCAAGUGCAGGACCAGACAAGAACCUGGUGACUGGUGACCACAUCCCUACCCCACAGGAUCUGCCCCAGAGAAAGUCCUCGCUCGUCACCAGCAAGCUUGCGGGUGGCCAAGUUGAAUGAUGCUGCCCGGGGCUCCGCCAGAUCCUGAGACGCUGCCCCCCCUGGGUCCUGUGCUGGCUCCUGCCCCUCCCUGCAUUUGCAGAGGGCUCAGGAGGUGGCUCGGGCACGGGCUGGAGAGGCAGAAGCCCCUGCCCGUCGGUGUCCCAGCGCAUGGAGCCCCUUGGGCUGAGCACCAAGACCUUGAACCUUUUUUGUUUUACCUUUCUUCCAAAUAACCAUUGGGAGAAAUCUCAGUGAAAUCCUGGGGAGUGGGGUGGGGCUGGGGAGUUGUUUGAGAGGGUGGGUGGGAGAUUUAGGGGAAUAUGAAUUAGGGCUUGGAGUUGAUAACAUUCCUGACUAUCCUUCUUAACCCUGUGGCUGGUGUGAGGUGGAUGUGAGGGGAAGGAAGUGGAGUAAACUAAAGACAUGGGGUUCCAAUUUAACUUUGUAGAAAAAUGCAACGUUUGCUUAGACAUGGCUGGGGACGUGUCAGAUAAAAGAAACUGUCCAUCUAAAUAUGACAGAUGCAGACAGCUCCUCUGGUUCUGCAGAGCAAGCUGAGAAUGCAAUUAAUGUUAAUUGUUCAUUUUUUUAAAUAUCCUUGAAACAGAUGUACUGUGGGGAGAAGGGCAGUCAGUAUGGGGAAAGAGGGCCAUGAGCAUGGGGAGCCCCACAGAGCCCAGGGGACUUUUUCAGUAUUUGAAAUUUUAAAAAAAAAAGACCCAUGAAAAAAAAACCCACCCAUAAAUACUCUGAAGCAGUUGGUGUGUUUUAUUGGGGUUUGGGGAAAGGGAAGAAAAGACAGACACCAUUCAGGGGAGAAGCUGGUGUAUGGCCCUAAGUUUUUUAAGGAACAGGGGCUCUUAAUAUAGGAUGUGGUUGGGCUCUACACUCCAUCACUUAGGGAGAGGGAACAAGGAUGUUGGCUUACAGACCAGGGUUUUUCCUGACCCCUGUCCAUCCCUUUGUUCCAGUACCUAAUACAGAUGCAUCAACCUCAGGUUUGGGCUCACAAAAUGAAGAAUUUGAGAGUGUUUGAUCUUAAACGAUUUAUUCACACCUAAAGCUUAGUCCACACUAAGCAUAAAAGGAAGCCCACUCUUCCUUUUCAGUCGUGUACUCGUUCACAAUUCUCAUGUUUGUGAAGGAGAAAUGGACCUCUAGUAACAAGCCAAAAGGAACUCGAGCCUCUCUGCUUGUGGCCAGCAGGAGGCACAGUGACUUCUCUCCUUGUCAAAACAAUCUCAAAUCCUGCCACUGACAGAAGGUAAAAGACCUGUGAAUGUGACAUACAGAAGAAACGUUACCAAAGUAGAAACAUACUCAGCCCUGUCUCUCCUGGCCUCACCAGACAUUCACAUGUGGUCAACUGAAACCACUCGCCCAUUUUGCCCAACUUUGAUGAGGAGAGAUUAUCAUGCUAUUUUCCCAAAUGUGAAUGGCUUUUCAAAUGAGUGUGCAUCAAGGAAGAUAAACAAGGUCCAGGCGACAGAUAUUUUAGAGAAACCUCCAUUUUAUUGAGGGAGAGGGGUACUUCUAAACUGGAGAAGAAAUGUUGUUCUUGGUAUCUAACUCAUUCUCCUUAAUGAGAAUCUUUCUAAAGUUUUCAAUUAAGGUAUUCCUGACUUGCUCUCUCUAAAUUUAGCCAGGGGACUGUGAUGCCUCCUAACCAUGGCAUUUCUGAACAGCACACUAGACACUGAGUGAGCCAGGUAGAAUGGAGCUCGGUGAAAGAAAGACAUGCCGUGGCCAGGUGGCUCCAUUGGUUGGAGUGUCAUACCAUACACCAAAAGGUUGAGGGUUUGAUUCCCAGUCAGGGCACAUACCUAGGUUGCAAGUUUGAUCCUCCGUUGGAGCAUGUACAGGAGGCAACUAAUCGAUGUUUCUCACAUCGAUGCUUUCUUUCUCUCUCUCUCUCUUUCUAAAAUCAAUAAAACAUAUCUUGGGGGAGGAUUUAUUUUUUUAAAAAGUAUUCCCUGCCAUUGUGGGAAUUAUUGUCUAGCUGGAAGAACGUAUAUGAAAAAGUUCAUGUACUUCAAAAGCUAGGAUAUAUACACAGGGUGUGGCAAAAGUAGGUUUACAGUUGUGAAUACUUAAAACAGCUUAUUCUUAUAUUAUUGUUGUUUUAUUUCCCAUAGGAACUGUAAACCUACUUUUGCCCCACACUGUAUAUCCUAAACCAAUCCUCUGACUUCUGGGGCAUGUUGUCCCUGGUUUGUGUUUGCCAGGUAGACACAGCUGGGGAAUGAGGUCAGGGGGGCUGAGUGGGGUCAUUCAGUUAGUGCAGUUUUAUUUUAAUACAGUUCAGAAAAUUGAGGUAUAGGUUACUUGUAAAGUGGCAAGCUAGUUUUACUGAAGACCUCAAGUUAAUAUCUAGGCUUCUAUAUGAUUUUUCCAUUAUUUCUGGCUUCCCUGUCCUUAGUUUUAAGCUGUAGUUUUAGGAAUCCUGGGGUGCCAAGAAAUGUUUGUGACUAUCUCUAUUUCAGUUUAAAACUUGCCAUCUCUUGUUUUUCACUCUCUUACUAUAGAGCUAGGCAGCCAAGGCAGACCGAUUCUGCAGUGCUUCAAAUAGCUGAUCCUGCCAGUGUUUCAGUUAGGUAUUUUUUAAAAUCUUUAUUCCAAAUUGUGGAUCUACUGCUCCGAUGUGGUUGAGUGAUGAUUGUGCUGACAAGCAGCUUGGCCAUCUGAUAUACAGGGUGUCAGAGAUGACGUCACCAUUAUUAUUGUCCAGUGGCAUUUAUUUUAAGCUGAUGUGGCCUGAGCAUAGACAAUACAGGCAAAAGAAAAAUUACUUAGAGUUGCCUUUGAGGAUAUCUGUAGUGAGCCAGUGGCACCCACACAAACAGCCCUUGUGUGUAUAGCGCCCUCUGCUGGGUCUUGAGGGAAGUUAGCAAGGAAAGGGAAGAUUUCUUCCUUGGGAAGCUAAGACAUGACAGUGGCAUACAAAUAAAAGCAAAUUAAUGUAGUUCCAAGCAGCAUUCAAGAGCUAAGGGAGCCCUAACUGGUUUGGUUCAGUGGAUAGAGCAUUGGCCUGUGGACCGAAGGUAGAAUUCAAUUCCAGUCAAAAGCACCAAAAAAAAAAAAAAAAAAGCGAAGGGAAGGAGAGUCAAGAUGUGUUGUUUGCUGAAUUUUCUUAGGGGCAGAUGACUAAUAAAAGAUAAGGAGAGGCGUGCCCUCCCUCUCAGGAGCACACCUGCCCUUCUUUACUUUUCUCACCUGCACACUAAGAGUCCUCACAAGACUUGCAACCAGGGAAGCAAUGGGCAGCGCCAGUUCGUCCCAAGCUAAAACCCUGAGCCUGUCUCCAAGGCCCCCUUUUCUCUGACUUUUCAUGAAGCCAACAGCAGCCCCACCUUGGCUCUCUCCUGUUGCUUUUUCAAUCCUAAGCCCUUGUUUCACUGUCCCCAGCUUUAAUAAAUGUACUCUCAAAAAAUAAAUAAA